CUUUACCUCAAUCCAAUGUAUGAAUCAAAGUACACAAGUUAGUUCCUUUAUUAAUUUCUCUUCUGAAUCGCUCCUUCCCAACCAAGAGAAAAAGCCCUCUAAAAUCUAAAUUAAUGUAUCAGAGAAGCCUAACACUACUAAGACUUUUCACUGUUUUGUAGUAAAGUAGUUGUAGAGUUUGCCUCACCAAAUGUUGGAACAGAAACUUAAUUCUAAAAGACCAUCAAAGACAAGUCAUUUUCAUCUUUCUUUUUUCUUCCUUUUUGCAGAGAAAAUUGUUUAUCUCCCCAGGUGCCUUCCCAUCUCACUUUGUGUCUAUCAAAAGUGUUAAAAGAAACUCCCACCUUUUCUUUUCUUUUAUUUCUUUCUCCUUUUCAACAGUUUCACAUUCUUUUGACAAAACAGUAUCUGCCCUCCUUCUGUUUUCUGCAAAAUUUAAUCUUGUUUUAGAUGCAUAGUUUUCUUGAUUUUUUCUUCAAGUGGGGUCUUCUAAAUUGUUUAAGCAGGCAGACAUAUUGAUUACUGGAGUUCCAACCAAAAAAAAAAAAUUCCCUUUCUUUGGUUUUCUUCUUUUCAGUUUAAAGCAUGGAUGAAUUGUACAGAAUUCACAAUGCUUUUUCAUGCCCUAAUAAUAAUGGUGAUGAUGGAGUUUUUGAAGUGGUGGAUCACAGUAGGAGCCCAGUUGAGAAUAUAAGAGGAGGAAGCAAUGAUGAUCACCAUCAUCACCAAGUUAUUCAUCAUCAUCAUCAACAACAAGAAAUAUUGAUGGAAUCAUCAUCAUCAUCAUCAGAGAUAUCAGAUCUCUUAAAGGCUCAGAUUGCUAAUCAUCCUCUUUAUCCUAACUUAGUUUCUGCUUAUGUUGACUGCAAAAAGGUUGGAGCACCACCAGAAAUGGCUUCCUUACUGGAAGAAAUUAGCAAAGAAAGCCAUCCUGUUAUAUCUCCUAGAGAGAUUGGUGCAGAUCCUGAACUUGAUAAAUUCAUGGAAUCAUACUGUGAAGCUCUACGUAGAUAUAAGGAGGAGCUGUUGAAACCUUUUGAUGAAGCAACAAAUUUCUUGAACAACAUUGAGUCACAGCUUCAUUAUCUUUGUCCAGAACACACUGCUUCUUCUUCCUUGACCUCCACAAAUUAUCAUUCGGAUGAAGCGAACGGCACCUCAGAGGAAGACCUAAGCUGCGGCGAAGAAGUUGAAGUUGCUGAGAGCCAAGAAUCUAGUGUUGCUGGUCAAGCAGACAGCGGACUAAAAGAGAUGCUGAUGCGAAAAUACAGCGGAUACCUCAGUACCUUGCGGAAAGAAUUCUUGAAGAAAAGAAAGAAAGGUAAGUUACCAAAAGAUGCAAGGGUUGCACUGAUGGACUGGUGGAACUCACAUUACAGAUGGCCUUAUCCUACGGUACGCCAAACUUUAGACAAAUCUACAUGCCAUUCCUAACCUAAUUCACUUAAUUAACUUUUAAGUCCCUUUGAUCAGUGAUGGUAGUGGUUUCGGUUAUAAUAUAUGAACAAUGGUUUUGGUUCAUUUGAUAUAUACUUACAUUAGUGUUAAUUUUGGGACUUCAUAAUGUAGGAAGAGGAGAAAACUAAGUUGUCGGAGAUGACGGGAUUAGACCAGAAACAGAUCAACAAUUGGUUCAUAAAUCAGAGGAAGAGACAUUGGAAACCAUCUGAAGACAUGAGAUUUGCUCUCAUGCAAGGUGUUGGUAGUGUUGGUGCGGGUGCUGCCAAUAAUAUUUCAUCUUCGUCUAUUCUUUUUGAUGUUGCCGGAGGAAAUGCAAGCUUUGGAACUUAACAAAAAGAAACAAAGAAAAAAAAAAAAAAAGGAAGAAAGGAAAAUGAAACGCGUGACAGAUGAUAAAACUAGAAAUUAAUACGCACAAAUAGAUUAUGUUUGUAUACAUGAUCAAGGUUCCAAAAACUGUUUGCUUUAACAACUAAUGUAUCUUCUUCAGCUUACUUCCCUAGUCUUAAAACUAAGCAUGUAGUAUUACAUUUUGAAAGGAAAAAACCAAACCUAAGGUAAAAUUAUGAUCUUUAGUCUCGUGAAUUUUUCGAGUCUCAUUUUUGGCUUUCCUUUCCAGCAUUAAUAUAUAGUCCUAGUAAUGUUUGUAUUGAUACAGAAAAUAUAUGUAGCAACCGUUUAACUUAUAGACUAAUCUGACCUUUCAAAGAUGUGCUCUAAGGAUCUUGGGAAAGAGAGGUAGCGGAUAGCAUGGAGCAUGAGGAGAUGGUAAACAGAUAGAGUUUAUUGAAAUGAUCGAAAAAUAACAUUAGAAAACUCCUAAUUGAAAACCUAAUCAAAAUGGG